UAUGGAAAUGCCGGUCUCGGUGCUCUGGCUCUCGGUUUUUCGGUUUCAUUACCAGUUUUCUCUUCAAUCGACGCAGUCGGAGUUUUGUUAGGUCGCGUUCGAGUGGCAAUGACAGGUAUUCAUCAUUAGAGGAGAACCAGAUUCCAGCACUUAAUCAUGACGGACAGAUAUGCCAAUGGAGUCACAACCAGUCUAGUUGAGCCCACAAAUGGACAUACACCGUCCGGGAAUCCCAGCGAGGGAGAGGAGAAGAUUGUCCUGAAACGGAAACUGACACUCAUCAAUGGAGUGGCCAUUAUAGUGGGAACCAUCAUUGGAUCGGGCAUCUUCAUCGCACCCACUGGAGUCUUCAUUUACACCGAAUCCGUGGGAAGCUCCCUUUUGAUUUGGUUGACUUGUGGAAUUCUUUCAACAAUCGGAGCUCUUUGCUACGCCGAACUGGGAACGAGCAUUACCAGAUCUGGAGGGGAUUAUGCCUAUCUGCUGGUAUCCUUUGGACCCCUAGUGGGCUUUCUGCGGCUCUGGAUAGCUCUGCUUAUCAUCCGGCCAACCACGCAGACCAUAGUGGCUUUAACUUUUGCCCAUUACGCUGCCAAACCAUUCUUCCCGGAUUGCGAUCCUCCACAGAAUGCGGUGAAACUGCUAGCUGCCAUUUGUCUAACUCUGCUCACGGCCAUCAACUGCCUGUCGGUAAAGGUGUCUAUGAAGGUUCAGGAUGUUUUCACAGUGGGCAAGCUGCUGGCCCUCAUCAUGAUUAUUCUUGCCGGACUUUACUACAUGGCCACGGGCAAGUUGGAAAACUUUAGCAAUCCAUGGGAGGGUAUUUACAGUGCCCGCAACAUUGGCUAUGCCUUCUACUCCGGUCUGUUUGCCUUUGGCGGAUGGAACUACUUGAACUUUGUAACGGAGGAGCUGCAGGAUCCAUACAAGAAUCUUCCGCGUGCCAUUUGGAUAGCCAUGCCCUUGGUCACGGGCAUCUAUGUUCUGGUCAAUUUGGCCUAUUUCGCAGUGGUCAACAAACCGGAGAUGCUCAGCUCGUUGGCCGUGGCGGUGACCUUUGGUAACCGAGUGUUUGGACCUCUGGCUUUUAUGGUACCCAUUUUCGUGGCCUUGAGUACCUUUGGAGGAGUGAACGGAGUACUCUUUACCUCCGCCCGACUAUUUGCAACUGGAGCUCAAGAGGGGCAUUUACCAAAGUUUUUCCAGCUGUUCCAUGUCAAGCAACAGACUCCCAUUCCCUCCCUAAUUUUCACAUGUCUGAUGUCGCUGCUCAUGCUGCUUACGGAUAAUGUCUACCAGUUAAUCAACUAUUUCAGCUCAGUACUCUGGCUUUCAGUAGUGGCCAGCAUAGCCGGAAUGUUGUGGCUUCGGCAUAAGAGGCCCGACUUACCACGCCCGAUUAAAGUCAACCUUGCACUGCCCAUUAUCUUUAUGGUGAGCUGCGUGACGUUGGUACUGCUCCCCAAUAUGGAGGAGCCAGGUAAUCUCUUGAUUGGUAUAGCCAUCACUUUGGCAGGCAUUCCGUUCUACUACGCUUUCAUCGCCUGGAAAAAGAAGCCCAAGUGCUACGGAAGAUUGUCCAACUCCGUGGUGGAGAUUUGCCGGGCCAUCUUCAAUACCACAAUAAUCGAAUCGAAUGCAGCGAUAAACUAGAUAUAUAUAUGUAUAUAUUACCCACCCGUAUAGAACUUGUGCAUUUAGUUCAAAACCACUCGUAAUUGAUAUUCGAAAACACUGAAAACAUGUUAAAUUUUAAAACAGUUUUAAGCGAACUCCCCUGCCCCAAUUUGUAUGAUAUUUUCGCUAGGCAAUUGG